AUGACGUCGACGGCGCCGCCUUUUACUACUACCGUGUCUGGCCCCCCAGUUACCGUGACAGAAGUGAUUACCGUCCCACCGCUACCCCCUGCAACGACGGCGGAAACGGCUUGGACUGCACCCGCUCAGAUGACUGACCUAGCUGCUUUCAAUAUCACUAAUUUUGCUAGUGGCCAGCAGAAUCUCCAUAUUGUUCCCGACGCCCCGGCCUCAUCUAACCAGAUAGGUCUAGCUAUCAUGGACGACGGAAAUUCCUCUCUGUCAAUAUUCCCGCAGCAGAACUCCACUGCGGCACUGCAGCUCUUGUAUCCUGCGGAUUCGAUUGAUCCUGCCAAUGACCCACAAGGGGGUGCGGACUUCUAUGCUACUCCCCUUGAUUUGCAUAACGCACAGAGUGUCUCUCUGGAGUACAGCGUCUUCUUCCCUGUCGAUUUCGAUUGGGUUCAAGGCGGGAAGUUGCCUGGCAUUUACGGUGGACACACUGGCUGCUCUGGAGGCGACGCGGCAGUCACUUGCUUUAGCACUCGCUUGAUGUGGAGAGCGGGGGGUGCAGGCGAGCUGUAUCUGUACGCACCCAAAGAUAAACAAACGAAAGCCCUAUGCUCGACGCCUCCUUUGUCCAUUUGCGAUGCUGCAUACGGCUUGUCUAUUGGCCGGGGAUCCUUCAGUUUCACUCCUGGGGCAUGGACUCAUGUCCAACAGACCGUUUCACUUAACACGCCCGGGGAACAAGACGGUGGCUUCGUCCUGUACGUGAAUGGGAAUACCGUGAUCAAUCGAACGGAUGUAUAUUAUCGUGACAAUCCUGCCGACGGUUCUGAGGGCGACGAUUCGGAUGGCGACGACAACAACGACGAUAGCCAGGCUCCAGAUGGUUCAUCCUCCGGGCAAGCUACUGAUGGUGGGAGCCUUCUUGGUGGCCUACUUGGCAACUUUGUUCGCGUGGCAUUCUGGCCCACUCAUGGCAUGCUUAUACUGCGCAACGAAGUAGACUACGGGGUGCCUGAGCCGUCACUAGCUUUGGCUUCAGAAGGCGCGUUCUCCGGUACUGCUGGUCCUGCUCUCGUGUCUAGGUCAAUGUCCGCUCCGCAGCUGAAUUCAACUCUUCAAAUAAUCUCGGUGGUCACCCUUACUAGUAUCAUUCAGAUGGAGGCCAUGGUACAGACACUCACUCCGUCCGUGACAAGCACUAUCACCCUUUAUCCUACUCCGAAUCCCACCAAUGCUACGUUUGGCAUUGAACAGGUCCCAAAUCGACAGCCGGUUAAAUUCACUGGUCUUUUUUUCAGUACGUUCUUUGGUGGACAUGAUCCUGAUUGGGCUUCGCCUAAGGAUCAAUACACCUGGUUCAAGGAUUUCUCUAUGACGAUAAACAAUUGA